AUGGAUUCGGAAGCUCCAAAUUCGUCAACCGAGCCUUGUAAGACGAAGAAAAGGAGGCGGCAAAGCCCGAGCCCGAGCCCCAGGCCGCCUUCGUUGGAUACAGAAAACAUUAGUAGUUUGAAAAAGGAGGAGGUGGUGGAGUUUGUGGAUGAGGAGGCGAUGUAUAACAUGCCGCUGCUGGUGGAUAGCAUGGCACAAGGGAUGCUUCUCACUCCCCCAGCUCUCAAGAAGGGUUUUAAUUGGACUCAUGACAAUCCUCAUAUCGACUUCGACUUCACUCUCUGGAAACACUAG